GCAUGUAAGCAUAUUUUUUUUUGCUUGUAGCGCUAGCUUAGAAAGUCCAAUGCCAAAAUAGCUAUGAUAAUAUUUGAUCACCAUAUUGCUAUUAUCUAAUUGUUUAAUCGUAUCUUUGAUGGCAACGAGUAGAGGUAAAGGAAAUAAUGGACAACGACAACCUUCCACGGCAGGUAGACAUCGUGGUGGUAYCGGCSGAYGAAUAACCGAUGAGACUAUUUUACCCCUAGUUGAUUCGCAAACACCAUCUAGGCAGUCGAAUUUAGCUUUACAAAAGGCAUUUAAUGAUUUGACCAAGAAAUWUCGUAAUGCACAAGAUGAAAAAUCUAAACUUCAAGCAGAGAAUGCAGCUUUAUAUGAAGAAAAUGAGAAUCUAAAACAACAGUUGGAAAUGGGUUACAAGGCAUAUGAUGACAAAUACAAAGAAACUGAAAAACUCAAGGAAAAACUCGAUUUAAAAGAAAACCAAAAUACAGUAAAAGAAGAUAAAAGUAAAGAUGAUCAGGUAGCAGACGUUUUAGAAGUUAAACAUACUACUAUUGCACUGCAAGAAGCUCAAGAAAUGUCUAGGUCAACACAAACAGAUGAAGAAAAGACAGACGAAGUAACAAUAUCACCUUUUAGAAAUCUUUUAGAAAAGUGUGGAAUGGAAAUAGUAACUCAAGAUGGCAAAACAUCUCUGAUUCUUAUUAAUAGAGAUGAUUGUCAACACUGGCUAGAGAAUGAAACCGAUGGCAAAAUUAAAGUAGAAUUUGAAAAGGAACCUGUCACUGAGAGAUUUGUUCAAACUGAUGAAGCUGUUACUCAACAUGUACAYACCUGUAAUCACAAAGAUAUGAUUAUUUUGUUGAAAAAUAAAAUAAGUGAUCAAGGUGAUAUGAUAAAAGCACAAAGACAAAUUAUUUCUCAAAUGCGKCAAAAUCAACUUCCUGUGGCAGCUCAAAAGGAAAGCAAAGAAAUCAAAAUCAAUCAGUUCCUUAAGAGAUAUCACCUAACUCUUGUUCGUCAUUCCAGAGAAGUUUCAAAUCAAAUGAAUUUGUUGAAAGAACAACUUGAAAGUCAGAAAAAAUAUACAAAGCGUUUGUUGGAUAUUAUUAAAGGCAGCAAAGACCUUCCAAAGCAAUUCAUGUUAAUAUCUGAGGUAACUCAUGAAAAGUUGAAAACUCAAGCACAAAGGGAAAUAAAACAGCCUCCAAGUUUUUCCAUAACAGCAGAACAACUAGAAGAUGAUGCUGAAGAAAUGUCUAAACGUGAAGAAAGCAGUGAUAGUGAUUCUAAUUUGUACAGUAUUGCUGUUCAAGAAACAGAUGAAACUGUGUUCAGUCUUGGUAGUGCCGGAAAUGAAAAGUCAGCAUCUGUUGUGAUUCUCAAGGAAAGUAAAUCUUCUGGAUUGCCAUCUUUACAAGGCUUAGUUGACCCUAARCAGAAAAACUCCUUUGAUGAGAAAGAAGAAGCAAAACUAGUCUCUUCUACUGAUCAAGACGAGAAGGCUGAAGRGACAGCCACUGGAGAAAAUGAUGAUAUUGUAGUCAUUAAUGAGGAUCCCUCAGAAGCAGGGGGUGCUUCUGGUAUCAGUGUUGGGGCCAAACAGUGCCCAGUUUGUUAUAUUUCAUUUACUCCAUCAUUUAGCCAAAAUGAAUUUGAAGCGCAUGUAGUAGCACAUUUCCAAGAUGAAUGAAGUCAUUGUGCCAUGAUAAACUCGGCAUGAUUUUUACAACUAUUUGAACUUGAAGUGAAGAAGCCAUUUAUCAGAAAUAAAGUGGUGGCUGGUCAAAACUUUGUCUGUCCAAAGAGGAUUCGUUGCGGGCACUUUCUAGAGCUCCGGUCUUUUUGACCGAUCAAACAAGACCUUUCAGCUAAUUUAAAACUUUACAAUGCCAUAAAAAAUAUGAAAUGGACAAAAAUCAAAGAAAUGUUUUGUGUUUAUAAUAUUCUUGAUCACAGCUGUAACUUCUUCUUUCACCAAAAGUCCAAAAAAGAUAACUGUAACGAAAGUAACUAGUUUAAGACCCAGCUCCAUUUUCCAGAUACAUGAAUGGUUUUGUUGAAACAAUUCUUUAAACGCUUCUGUUCRGGAAAAGCACCAUCACCUUUUUAGUAACUAACUGAAUUCCGUACUGCAGUUUAGAAACAUAGGUGUAGAAACAUGUACAAUGAAGAACAAUGAAAUAAAAGAGAGGAAGACAUUAA